AUGGCCAUCUCGAGAUUCACAGACAACCCCCAUCCUCUUUCUUCACCCGACAUCAUCUACAUUAGUGAUGAUAGCAGCGACGAAAGCGGUGACGAAGACUAUAAUGCUACGCUCUAUAACAUCAGCAAAGGCACUCUAGACGUCGAACUAGAUUUUAGUGACAGAAAUUCCACUAGCACAUACGCAGCCAGUGUGUCGCCGGCAUCCGAUAACCCUAAUGCUCUUACCAUUGCUACUGAAUUCGAAGCACUCGACGACGCGAGUGAUGCAGUCAGCGCUACUACGUCCUUUGAUAGAGAUGCUCCCAGUACAGAGACGUUUAGGCCCGUUGUCUGUUCUCGUAGCAAUAGUUUCAGCAGCAGUGACAUGUUCACGUUCGAAGAUACGGAUAUUGAACUAGCUUAG